GGUGAAGCCAGGCUGGUGUUCCCAGGAAAGCCUGGACUCUGGAUACGGUGACCUCGGUGGGGUGAGAGGAGUUUUCCCCAUAACUGGGCUGGGGCCCAGCUCCACCCCCUCAGGCUAUUCAGUGGGGUGCUGCCAGGAAGUCAGGGGCAGAUCCAGUCCAGCCCGUUCCUUCAUAAAGGCCCUGACAUCCCAGGAGCCAACAGAGGCGAGGCAGGGCAGGAUGGAGCGGAGACGCAUCACCUCGGCUCGCCGCUCCUAUGCCUCCUCCGAGACUGUGGUCAGGGGCGUUGGUCCUACUCGACACCUGGGUACCAUGCCACGCUUCUCCCUGUCUAGAAUGACUCCUCCACUCCCUACCAGGGUGGACUUCUCCCUGGCCGGGGCGCUCAAUGCCGGCUUCAAAGAGACUCGGGUCAGCGAGCGCGCAGAGAUGAUGGAGCUCAAUGACCGCUUUGCUAGCUACAUCGAGAAGGUCCGCUUUCUGGAACAGCAAAACAAGGCGCUGGCAGCUGAGCUGAACCAGCUUCGAGCCAAGGAACCCACCAAACUGGCCGACGUCUACCAGGCGGAGCUUCGGGAGCUGCGGCUGCGGCUGGACCAGCUUACGGCCAACAGUGCCCGGCUGGAGGUGGAGAGGGACAAUCUCGCACAGGACCUCAGCACCCUGAGGCAGAAGCUCCAAGAUGAAACCAACCUGAGGCUGGAGGCAGAGAACAACCUGGCUGCGUAUAGACAGGAGGCAGAUGAAGCCACCCUGGCUCGAGUGGAUCUGGAGCGGAAGGUUGAAUCGCUGGAGGAGGAGAUCCAGUUCUUGAGGAAGAUCCAUGAAGAGGAAGUUCGAGAACUCCGGGAGCAGCUGGCCCAACAGCAGGUCCAUGUGGAGAUGGAUGUAGCCAAGCCAGACCUCACAGCGGCCCUGAGAGAGAUUCGCACUCAAUACGAGGCAGUGGCCACCAGUAACAUGCAAGAGACGGAGGAGUGGUAUCGGUCCAAGUUUGCAGAUCUCACAGACGCUGCCUCCCGCAACGCAGAGCUGCUCCGCCAGGCCAAGCACGAGGCUAAUGAUUAUCGCCGCCAACUGCAGGCCUUGACCUGCGACCUGGAGUCCCUGCGCGGCACGAACGAGUCCCUGGAGAGGCAAAUGCGCGAACAGGACGAGCGCCAUGCGCGGGAAUCGGCCAGUUACCAGGAGGCACUCGCUCGGCUGGAGGAGGAGGGCCAGAGCCUCAAGGAGGAGAUGGCCCGCCACCUGCAGGAGUACCAGGAUCUACUCAACGUUAAGCUAGCCCUGGACAUCGAGAUCGCCACCUACAGGAAAUUGCUGGAGGGCGAAGAAAAUCGCAUCACCAUUCCUGUACAGACUUUCUCCAACCUCCAGAUCCGAGAAACCAGCCUGGACACCAAAUCCUUGUCAGAAGGCCACCUCAAGAGGAACAUCGUGGUAAAGACGGUGGAGAUGCGGGAUGGCGAGGUCAUUAAGGAGUCGAAGCAGGAGCACAAGGAUGUGAUGUGAGGUGUGCCCACCUGGUGGCCCUUGCCAUACAGUAUGAGAGCCCAAAGCCCCUCCUCAGAUAGUCCUGUUUGCCAAACCCAAUUCCCAUCCACACCAGUGCUCUCCUUCCUUCCGUUUGUAUACCCGUGUGCUGACCAAGGCUCAGUCAGUGCGGGGCCUCAUGGAUGGGACAUACCCUGCACCUCCAACUAACAGGAUACUCACCCCAAAGGGGCAGUCAGGAGGGGAGGGGACCCCAGCUGGGUUAGAAUUGGAAGGGAAGAGGAAAGAUGUGCCGAGCAGGAAGACUUAACAAAUCACUUCCUUUAUCCUUGUUGUUAUGGAAACUGUUGCCAGAGCGAGAGGUCUCUGGGAACUGGACUUUGAGUUUCCACAGGCUGCUGGAGCAAGACAAAAAUCCAGACAGAAAGGAAAAGUCCCCGAGGCAAAGUCUCUCUAGCCAGAGAGCCCUAUGCAUCCCAAAUAGUCUUGAUUGAUCUAGGAGUGGAUAGGGCAGACCUGCUACCUGGAAUGGCCACUAAGGCAGUCCUGAAGGGCCCUCCAGAGUGAUGACCCACUAGUGUCAGCCCUACUGAGCAGCCCUGCAGGUUGACCGCCCAUGAGCAUGUGGAAACUUGGUUCCCAGCACUUGGCGGGGGUCUAUGGCGUAAGUGGAGAGGGAGGUGUACUGGAUGGUGUAGAGAGGGCUCCCUAGCUGGUCCCUAAGUGUGGGUGCAGAGAGGUGGAGUGCAGGAAGGCUCCCCCGCUCAGGCAGCAGAGGUGCCAGUAGAGGUGGCACCGGUAGAGAUCAUUUGGACACUGGCGUUGGAAGUUGGAGGCAACCAGUUACAUUUGGCUCUGAAUCCUAUGAAUCAAGGAAAUGACCUGCUCUUUCGAAGACACUGAAACAGGAGAGAGGGACUUCAUCCACUGGGCAGGGUAACAGAUGUUUCUCAGUCCCAAAGGUCUACUCCUGGCUGCACAGUCCCCAUCCGCUCAGUCAUCUCACCCUGUGACUGCUGCUUCUCAACCCAGAACCCACAACCAUCCUUCCAAGGUUCUCCAUUCCUACAAUGACUAGCAGUUGUUCUCCAAGACAAGGGUCCAUUCCCUUUCUUAUGCAUAGAUGUAAUAUCAUCUAUUUAGGUAUCAUCCUAUUUGAGAGUUUGGGGAACUGAGGCACAUUGUGUUCAGGCAGCCUGGAGGCGAGUGCCUUCAUAUUAGAGCACCUUCUCCGAAGCUGAUUGGUGGGCUGAUGGGGAAGAAAUUGGGCUGAAGGUGUCCACUCAGUUGUUCCCCCCUCCCCUCCAAGGUCCCUCCCUCUUCCCAGGACAUCACCCCCCCCCUUGCCACCUCUGCUAACCUUCUGAGCAGUACUGUCACCUUUACUCACUGGGCAGAAAUAAAAACAUGUGCCAUAGGCUUCCUCAGA